AUGGAUUCGUCCAAAGAGUCAAAGCAAGCGGCGGAAGUCCAGGCCUCCCAAACAGAGUUUCUGACCGACGCUGCUGAGGCCAAUGUGUGGGAGCAUGAAAUGACCAUUAUGCAAGCUGCCAAACUCUUCCCAAAGGCUGUCGCCUGGAGUCUAGCACUGUCUGCCACUUGUGUUAUGGACGGCUAUAACUUCCACACCACGUCAAACGCUUAUUCUCAGCCAGCAUUCCAAAAGGCAUAUGGCACGCUUCAGGCGAACGGCAAAUACGCAAUUUCUGCCGCGUGGCAAUCGGGACUCAACAAUAUCUCAACCAUAGGAGUGCUGGUCGGCCUAUAUUUCGCCGGCUUCCUCUCCGAUCGGUAUGGCUUCCGCAAGACUCUAAUGAUCGCCAUGGUUUCCAUUCCCCCACUCGUUUUUAUGCAGUUCUUCGCGCCAAAUCUUGCAGUACUUAUAAUUGCGCAGCUGUUAAUGUCCAUCCCGCUCGGUGUGUUGGAGACCACCACACUCGCAUAUGCUGCCGAGGUUGCACCAAUGUGUCUGAGGCCAUUCUUGACGAGCUUUGUGAGCCAGAUGUGGGUUGUCGGACAAACCUUAUGUACCGUCGUGUAUCGCGCUUGUCUAGAUGCGGAGGCUCCCUGGGCAUAUCGCAUUCCCUACGCUAUCCAAUGGCUUUGGCCUAUCCCUGCAGUAGUCGCGUUGCUCUUUGCGCCAGAAUCGCCUUGGUGGUUUGUACGCCACCAUCGACUCGACGAAGCAAAGAAAUCUCUGGCGCGACUCUCAUCUGCAGAAGCUGCCAACUUCAACAUCGACAAGACUGUGGCUCUGAUGGUUCUAACAACGGAACAUGAACGCAUAAUCAACUCUAGUACUACGUGGAUGGCCUGUUUCAAAGGGCCCGAUCUUCGUCGCACUAUCCUUGUCAUCGCCUUGUACUGUUCGCAAAUUAUUGGUGGUUCGACGCUGCGCUCCUAUGCAACCUACUUUUUUGAACAAGCUGGUUUGGCCGACGACUGGUCCUACAACAUGUCCAUCAUCGUCUACAUGCUCAGUCUGGCGGGAACUAUUGUGUUGUGGUUUGUAUUGCCUUACGUUGGUCGGCGAACACUUUUUAUCUGGAGUCUGGCUGUGCUCACGGUUAUUUAUAUUGUCAUGGGUGGACUUGGGAUUCCGCAAGGUGCAAGUAAGAGCUCCUUGUCAUGGGGUAUCGCAGCUCUUCUCGUCGUCAACGGCUUUAUCUGUUAUGUCGGUGUCAUCCCGAUCGUCUUCAUCCUUGGCACAGAAAUCCCUUCUGCUCUACUGAGAAGCAAGACGCUCGCCAUUGGUCGCAUCAUUUAUUCAAUCAUCAACACUCCUAUGAGCAUUCUGGGCACAUACCAGGUUAGCUCGACAGCCUGGAACUGGGGGGCAAAAUCUUCCUUCUUCUGGGGCGGACUCUGUUUCCUGGGCUUGGUGUGCUCUUACUGGUCUAUCCCCGAGACCAAGGAUAGAACUUUCACGGAGAUCGAUCAGCUAUUUGAGAAAAGGGUUUCAGCUAGAAGAUUCCAAGAAACGAAGUUCGAGGCGGCGGGAGUUACUUUGGAAGCCGAGAAAGGCACUGGCAAUUCCAUUGUCUAA